UGGAAACGAUUGUAAUAUAAGUCUCUUAAUAAUAACAAAAUAUUAUAUUAUGAGCCUGAAGUAUUUACUGAUUUUUAUUCUUGGAUUUAUUGUUUUUACAAGUGCUCAAAUUACGCUCCAACGUGAUUCACAAAAUUUAAAGAAUUCACGAAGAAGAAAUAGCAAAGAACAAGUGAAUGAUUUUUAUGAUAAUCAAAAUUAUUUCCAAGAUAUUUUUAUGGAGCAUUCAAAGCCGCUGGAAUUAGAAUUUGGGCAUGUAUUUGAAAAUCCAAGUAAAUGGGAGCAGAGAUUUGAGAAAAAUGAUAUUGAAAAUAAAAGAUUUCAAGGCAAAGUACGGUGGGGAAAUAAUGAAGGAAACUACGGUGAACAUUAUUGGGAUCUUAAUCAUAGAAGAUAAAUAAUUAAAAAUUAUCAUAGAAAAAAAUAAGUCCACAGUCACUAAUUAAUUUUAUAAUUUAUAAUAUUUAGCUUUGUAUCUUCUAUUGAUAUAAAAGAAACCUUUUUUGUAUAAAGAAAAUGAGUCAUGACUAGAAUGACGUCAUUUUUUACUAUUCAGUUUAUAUAAACUUAAUAUCAAUUCGAGCGUUGCAUUGGUAUUUUAGUGGUAGAAUACUCACCUACAAAUAUUUCGAGUGACCCAGGUUCGACUCCUGGCCGAUGCAAAACUUUAUUUUUC